AUGCGAGGUCCUUCCGGCUCCUCUAUUACCGCGUCGGUACAGGAAGGAGGGGGCAGAGAUGCCAUCUACGUGGCGACGGUGCCUCUGAGGGCCACUGGUGGCCCUGCCCGGUUGCUGGCAUCGGCGGGCUACUCCCUCCGCCUGUGGGAACUGCAGCACUUCAUGGUUAUCGUCAAGCGCCACGAGGGCUCUUCGUCUGCGAUGAGGGUGCCAUGUCUGACUUUCACUGGACCCAUAUCAGUUCUAAAUCUAUGGCUGUAUUCAUCUGCUUUCUUUGAUCGUGGGAUUGAGGCUUUCAUUGAUAAAAACAUGAAUUUAAGUCGUUUCAAGUUUUUUUUUUUUUUCCACAUGUAACUCUUUGAGCCCGACCCUUGGAAUUUAGUGGAAAUUCAUGACGUGAAUAAUCUGCUAAGCAUUUUCCUGUGCUCUGUUAUGAUUAACUUUUUUAGGAAGUUCUGACUUAGAUCAUCGCCUCCUUGGAAAUCAUUGGAAAUCAAGAACAUGAUAAUUCUUUAAAACAUCAUUUUCCCAUGUUUGUGGUAAUAUCGUCAACUGAAAUAGUGGAAGUAUGUAUAGGUUUCAUUCUCAGCAUUUACCCUCGUGAUGACAGAUUGGUGUCAGGAAUCAAUUUGAGCAUUUGUGUUGCAAAAAUUAACGGAAAAUCGAUCUCUGUGUGUUGAAUGCUACGAAGCCACAGAUAUCUCGUUCUUUUUAACAGAAUAGUGACGCAAAUAUAUGUUUCAUAUUUAAUUAGGAAAUAAUUUUGUUUUACCUCCAUUUUCUCUAAAAGUUGCCUUAUUUUUUCAUUUUUUGUGGGAAAAUUAGGCCCUCAUGAGUAGACGAUGGCAAGGAAAGGAUUGCACUUCCCAUUUUCUACGUAAUUAUUAUUUUUAGGGAACAUGAAAAGCCCUGUUGAUCAGAGUUUUAACAUCUUUCUUACAAAAUGUAGGAAAUGCGGGAAUAAUUUGAACAACUAUUUUGCCUUGAGAUCUACUAAAGUUCAUCAAUGAGUAAAUAUGUAACAGUAUAUUAAUGGACCCUUUACUCAUCAAUGCUGACUUGAGUCGCUUAAUCUUCCCUUUCAAUUUAUAGACCCACAUCUUUACUUGUUCGUUUGAUGAUUAUGACCCCUUGUGCAGGCGGUGGUGUUUGACUUUCAACCUUGUGAUCCUGAGAACAUUUAUGUUGCAAUCGCAGCCCUAUCACGUAAAAGAGUACCAGGUGAUCGACCCUAAAAUCUAUGUUUUCAUGCACCGACGUUGGGUAUUUGCUAUUAUUGAGGUUGCAGUUGACAAAUUCAUGAUUGGAAUCCCUCUGUUAAAAUACGAGUUAUUGAUCUGCCUUUUUCUCUCUUUCCUCCUGUCUUUCUGAACUCUUGGCAGCUGAUCAAUGCUCACUGAGGGUGGAUCCUCCUUACGAGAUUGCAGCUGAAGUAAAAUCUAACCAACUCAUUAUUAAUUCCCUUCGACUUGGACAUGUCGAAAUCGAGCUUGAAAAAAGGGCUAAAUUGUCGCCUUACUUUUCAACAUUUUCUGUGUAGAAAUUAAGUGGAAUAAGUGUGGGAUUGGUUUGUAAUUUAAACAUUCUUGAUGUAUGGUGACAUGUGCCGGGCCCAUGCUCAAUUUAAAGCCCUCAAAGUCAAUCUUAUUAUCUCAUACUGCAGAUUCAGAGCAGUUGACCUAAUCUCCGAGAGGACAUUGGUCAAGGAACAAAAUCUUGGGAGAAGUCCAAGAUACUGUGGCAUUUAUAUCCCCGUGAAUAGUUUUCUAACUAAGACAAAAACCAUACAGUUUAUUUCUUGUUCUUUGCCGACUGGCUUCCCUGUUUACAUUCUCGGAGAUUAAUGCUCAUAUUUUAAUGGCAUCCUUUUAACCUUGUGAAUCAAAUGUCCUGACUAUAUUAAAGAUAUAUUUUUUAUAUUCUUUGGAAGAAACGCAUUAAAUCCCUCCUUCCUUUGGUACUUAAUAGAAAUUCCUUUUGUUUCAAAACAUUCCAGAGAAACCCGUAAAUCUUUACUCUUAGAACCAGUAUUAUGACUGUUUUCCACUAAUCCAGGAGUUAUUCUAAAGAGGACAUUGAACAGAAUGCCCAAGAGCAGAUGCUGGUUCAUUGGAAUAUGCAACUCAGAUGCCGUAGAGGUGGCCAAUAAAUUUAAUGAAGGAUGGGACACUAAUCUGAUCAUUGGCACGCAUGAUUGUCGGCACUACACUAAUGGUAAGUUAUUUCCUCUCCUGGAAUCUGAAUCUUCUCAUUUAGGGACACCCUGCUUUGUGUUUCCCAGGAAAAUGAGAUUAUAGAUAAAUAUAUAUAUGUAUGUCUGCAUAGUUUUCUAGUAAAUUUUCUCUUCUACAUUUGGUAGGGUUGGUCGGAGAGUUGACUGGUAAGGAUAGUAUUUUGGAGCACUUGAGAACUAAAGGGCUGGAUUCGUAA